CCCAUAGACUGUCUAAGGGACCGACGCGUUAUGCUAUUUUAUGCUAAGCUGUAGAAACCCUUAGAAGGGCUCUGACCUCCCGCGAUGUUGCUAGUGCCAUAGAUCCAUCCGUCUCUGACUAGACACCUCAACUGUAGGUUUUUCUUUUGCGAGCACACUCACUAAAUGGAGCCAGUUGUAUGUUUACUGUUUGGAACGGGCAACCACUGGACUGGAACAUGUGCAUAUGGAAUGGAUUGACAAACAAACUGCCAAUCGUUUUUCUUUUUUUAAUCUAAGGUGGUGAAAAUGCCUAUCAAGAUGUGCUCCCAACAUGGGUAGCAUAUUUUGAAUGACCCACAACCCCUAGAACAUACCCUAAAAUGGCACUGGGAUGGCCAUCCUCAGAGUAAUGCGGAUGAUUGUAGUUAUGGUGCUCGCGCUGUCUGGAGGAUCUCGCGCCGCAGAGUGCGAGUGGGGCGCGCGCUUGUGUAAACCCGAGCACAUUUCCACGGAAGCCUGCAGUCUGUGGAUCCCAGUCUCGUGGCUUAACGGGGCCAUCGAGAUGCAGGAUCUAGACCCCAGUGUUCACGCCAUAAUGGAAACUUUAACCGACCAGCCUGUGGAUACACAUAAAAACAUAUUUAUGGGAUUUCCAUAUUACAUCAGAGUAGACCUGCUGUGUGGUUCCAAGGAGUCUUCGGCGAAAGCCAUGCUGGACGGUUUAUUGACGGGUUUGACUCCAAUAGUGAUUGUGAGGUUCCAGGAGUCCUCACACCCCACUCGCCUCAAACUGCUGAGACUGGAAGUGGAACUCAAAACCGCUCCAUUAUCAGACAGCGCACCCUGUGGAAGUAAGAUGUGUCCGUUUGGCUGGUAUGCCCCAAUGCCCAUCAUCAAUGAUUCAGUAGUGUACAGGCUGAAAGUUAAAUCUAAUGGGUUUGGUUCUCAGGAUGUACCUGAGAAAAGCUUUACCAUAAAUGUGAAUGGCUAUGUGCGUACUACAGAGGAAGGAAAAACUGAAACAUCCUUUGGCAAUGAGAUACAGGAUCUAGAAGACACGCUGAGAGUUGGUAGUCCAUCUCGUCCACUUUGGGCUGCAGUGGACCACACACCUGUUCUUUUGUUGCCAGGCAUACCAGGCUUAAAAGCUGUGCUUAUGACGGCUACAGAGUUUCAGUUCACAUCACUCAUAGAGGUGAAUAUAGAGAGCCACCGGUCAGGCUCUUUGAGUUGUCCGCAGGUGGAAAACUCUUCUAUGAUUCAGGAAGCAAUAUCUACAGAGAGCUCACUAUUUAUCAGGCACAAUCAACAGUUAUACCGUUACCUUGGAAACUAUUCACUUCUACCCCUCAAAGUGCCACCAUCAGAUGCAUGGGAACAAGUAUUAAGAUCAGUCUGUGUGUCUGGUUUGGUACCGGCAAGUGUUCCUCAUCGUGGAAGAGAGUACUUCUAUGUUUUGGGGGGAGGCUUGCAGAGUGGAACCCUCCACCGUGCAGAGGUUUACGAUGGGAAUAUGACCUUUACGGAGUUGGUGGAUUCUUUUGGCCACACAGCAUGCGAGUUUGUGACUUCUCUAUGCUGUGAUAUGAAUCGUAAAAGUGUUAAGAAUUGUCCCAGCUGCCAGGUGCGUUCAGCGGCCCAAAAUGCUCAACAAAAUGUGACUGAUAUCAUCCUAGUAGAAUUGCUUCCACAACAAGACCAUGAGCAUUCGUACAUACUGCUCACACUAGACGGUGAUUUCCACAUGGGUGACCCUUUACCUAAGUUCAUCCCUAAUGAGCAACAGGAGAGCAGCUCUGUAGAGCUGAAGCUCAAUGGAAUUACGUUUAACCCCACCUCAGGAAUCCUGUACAUCUGGGGCAACACACUUAUCUGCUCAUAUGUGCUCACUUGGGAUGUUGGGCAGAAUUUUCUGUUCUUCAGAGGAUUUCCUUUGGAGCAGAUGAUAAAAUAUUUCAUUCUGUCCUUUGAUGGAAAUUUUGCCUUUGUCACUGAAGAAGAGGAGCUGUGGUGGGGUCAGGAAAGAACAGAUUCUGUGUUUCGUUUGCGACCUUCUCAGGGCUGGCAUGUGUUCUCCAGUCUGCAGGCUCUUAAAGGACCUCAUUCUUACUCUGAUGAUUACAGCACACUCACAGUGUUUUAUGACAGCAGUAAAGAGUUACAGGAGGUGAUGUACACGGUGGACAUUGGUGGAAAAGGUUCUAUUGUGAAGAGGAAGCUUCCAGUGCCUGAGAUUCUGUAUUACAGUCAUUUUGCUCAAGCACCACACCAAACUCAACACUUGCAGUCAUACAGUCACUUUACAUUUCUGUCUGCAUGUCCCUUUGACUGGGAUUACUUUGAGGAUUUGCCUCAUCAAGAGCGCUUUAACCGAUUGAAGUGGUACCUGGCCAGCCCCCCCAUAGUGACGCCCCCCUCUGGAUUACACACCACACAGUCAUUGGCUGUGUACCAGGGCCUUCUCUACCACCUGCUGCUGCUGCAUGGUCAAAACAUAAUGGACAUUAGAGAUCCUAAUGAAAGCUCCAUCUCACGCAUGUGGAAGGAUGAAGUGGCGUACAAGGACUUAUAUUCCUACCUGGUGUAUAUAAGUGAGUCCUCAUCAGGUGUGAUUGUGGACAUGGAAGGCUUUUCACACCCUGACCUCAGCACAACAUCCACUCUGCCUGAUAGAGUUUACCUAGACCGAACAGCCUCAUACUCAUUCUCUCUUUACCUAAGAGCCCAGCAGCUCACUCAGGACCCCAUGGGUAAGGGUGAUUUAAAUCAUAUCAGGAUGUCUGUGGAGGUCUCUGAUUACCGAUAUCUACAUGUGACUCUCAGCAGACAUGUGAUGUUAAACCGUGGAGGAGUUCUUUAUAAGGUGACAGUGAUGGACAGGGGGAUGUUUCAAGGUCAGGUGUUUCCGGGAGAGUGGCUUCUGUCCUUCAGUGUGCUGGUCAGGAUUGUCAAUUCAGAGUUGAGGUGUUUUCAUCAGACCGACCAUGGAAUGAUUCUCAAGGGUUUGCAGAGUGUGCCUGUUUCUAUUGGUUGUCCUCCUGGUAACCAAUUGGUGUUUGAUGUCAGUACCACUCUGCAGGAGUCUAUGCACCUGAACAAAAGGAACUUUAGCUGCAUAAACCCUGACCCAGUAACACCCUGCUUCUACUAUGACAACUUGUUCUAUCCAUUCUUCCUGAUUCAGGAUCUGGUCUUGGAAAAGUCACGGAAGUUUCUGGGCAGCUUCACGUUUAAGGUAGUUGGUGGUGGUCCUUAUUCCAGGAAGAACAUUCGUGAAUACAGCUCUGAGGAAGUAAUGAGGUAUAACAGCAUCAAUUACAGUUCAGAGGAAGCACUGGUGUGGGCGUUAGAGGGCUUUUUGGAGGAUUCAGACUCAUUUAACGUGACUGAGGAAGGCUUCGUUAUUAUGAAUGGAACCUGGAACAAUGGAAUCAGGUGGCUUUGUAAGAAGAACUCUCCCUGUGGUGAUGUGGUUGCCCAGGAUGCAACUGCUCCACAUUUCUAUUUCAUCAUUGAGGUCUCAAACAGGGAUAUGGAUACGAGCACAUACUGUGAUUACACUUUUCGUUUUGAGAUUCUUGUGCAUGCACUCCACAUGAGUGAAAACAGACAGCUCCUCAGCUAUCUGAUGGCUCUGGCAUGCAUCCUUGGUGUGGUGGUGUUUUAUUGCAUCUUACCACAAUUCCUAAUAACUGCAAUGCAGAAUUUGAAAUGCCAUGGACACACAGAUGAGUCCAAUGCUCCAGCUGGCACGCCAGUGAUCCAGCUGUUAGAGCGCAGAAGUGAAUGAGCCAACACGCAUGCACAAGACACAAACGGUUCACAAUGAUGUAUUUACUCAUUUAAUAUGUUCCCCCCC